AUGACUGUCGAAAGAAAUGUAAAUGUUGCUCCGGGUGCGCUAGUUUGUAAAGAAGCAGUUUUGGAAGGUAACAUUACAAUUGGGUCCGGUACAAUCAUUCAUCCUACAGCUGUCAUUAAGGCUACAAAUGGCCCAAUCGUAAUUGGUGAGAAUAAUAAUGUCGAGGAAACGGCUGUCAUUGAAAAUAUUUCACUAAAUGGCGAAGAAAUGGUGAUUGGAAAUGAAAAUGUCUUUGAGAUUGGUUCAGGUAGAGCCCUUUUUGUGGUUAAUCAGCCAAAUCUCUCAAAUGAUAGCACUCGUGUUUUAGUGGUGAACGCGCUUCACAUAGGCAAUAGCAAUGUAUUUGGUGUUCGUUGUAAAAUCGGCCCAGAGACUAUUGUGACAAAUGGUUGUUUCAUCGGAGCAAGAUGUUCUGCCGUACUGAAGGAAAAGCUACCUGAACGAACUGUGAUAUACGGGGAGAAGAAUUGUCGCCGAAUUGCUUCACAGUUAGUGGAGGUCAAAAGUUUUCAAUAUUUUUUAUCGGUUCUUUUCAGAAAAAGCUAA